CGGAUUAACUUCAGUGAAGAAUCUUUGAAAACUUGAUUAGUUUUUCCGUGAAGAGACAUUAAUCAAAGUGAGGGAGAAAACACGGGCGUGAAAAUCGAGAAGGCAAGAAAGAUUCUGAUGAAUGCUUGGAUUUCCUCGCUUUGAAAAACUCUCAUGUUUGUUGUCAGAUUUGUUUUUCUCGGGCAUUCAGAAGGGUCUGAGAAAAUCCCGGGAACACCUUCUAGAUAUCACUCUUUAAGAUUUUCCUAAGCUGAAGACACGGUUCACUCUUAAUAAUUGUUUCACCAAGCUACAGUGUGAUACAUAUUACGAAUAGUCCGAACAGGAGAACAUGUGCAGCAAUACUUGCAACAGUGCUUGUGGCUGUGAGACUGGUGGGAACGUUGUUAGUAGUAUUUGGAGCUCUGGUUCCGGCUUGAAGAAGCAAUCAAAACGUCCAAGAGUUCCAAAAAGAGGACCCGGAGUGGCGGAACUCGAGAAGAUCUUGAGAGAGCAAGAAACCAUAGACUUAGUUGACAACAAGGGAAAUCCAGAAGGAUUUUCAUCUUUUGUUUCCCAUCAUUCUAAUUCCAAUUCUUAUCCUUCUUCUUCUAUGAAACCGCAGCCUCCAACCUCACCAAAAAAGACUAUACCUUAUCCUUCCUUUAUGUCAAGCAAUUUUCCUACUAAUGUUCCUUCAGCCCCAAUAUUUGAUCAUUUAGGUGCCACUACACCCCCAACCAUAACAUCUAUCUAUGGUAACUAUGGAUCACUAGAAAAAAACAACGGUGGAUCUGGUCUGGUUUCUCCUGAAAAAGAAUUGUUCCCUUUGAAUCUCAAUUCAUGUAAGUCUAAUUUGAACAUGAAUGAACCAAUCGAUGUAAAUCGGUGUGACUUUGCCAAUUCUCCCACUAGGAAUUUGUCCAAUGAGACUAAUUCCAUUUGGCCUUACCAUGCAACUGUUCAGAAGAGAAACAACAAUAAGUAUUCUUCUUCCACGGCAAAUCAAUUCCCUGGGAUCCCAACCUCCUCAGUAUCAUUGUCAAUGAGACUUCACAGCAAUAAUCAUCCAGAUCCAGAGCUUCCUUCAAACCAAAGUUUGUGUUACAGUUACAUGUCUAGAGUCCCGGAAGAACAUAAAAUGGUUGGCAUGAAGCGAUCUCACUCUUCCGCCUUGGAAAACUCUCUGAUUCCACCAUCAAACUUUCACGUUCUUCCAAGUUUUUCUCACUACAAUAGAGCACACCAAUCAUCCAUAAAUGAUAGUCAUGGUGCAAGUAGUUUCAAUUCCACCAAGGAGUGCUACAGGGAUGCCAAAUGGGGUAGCACUCUGGAGCUCAGCAACACAAGGUUCAAUUCUGACAUCACAGUGCCUGGUCAUGCAAUCCCACCAUUUGUUACUCCUGAGGUUCCUUCACCUCCUAUGCAUUUGUUUCCUGGUGUUCUUUCCAAGGGAAAUGUGCUCCCUAGCCAAGUUAAUGACGAAAAAAUGGACUCAUACAAACAUUCAGAAUCAAGUGAAUCAAAUCGUAAGCCUUUCUAUAACUUCCUAGAAGUGGAGGACUCAGAGGUAUCAGAGACCACGCGUGGCGCAAAUCGUGGGGGACGUGAAACAGGAAGAGUUGGCAUUGAUCUCAACUUGAAGCUCUGAGUUUGUAGCUUGGUCUGAUGAGUAUGCAGUGGUAGCAAGUAAGGAAAAUGAAUAUUUCCCUGGUGUUGGUUGAAGCAGAAAUAACCCUGGAUAUGCAUGCUUUGCAUAGGUUAUGUUUGUUUGGUGGGAGAGUAUGUAUACUCUUUGAUUUAUGAAAAUCAAGAGAUGCUACUUUGCAUGGGAUUUUCAUUUAACUUAUUUCAGUUGUUUAGGCUUUUGAUGUUACAGUCCUAUAGGUGAUGUUUGUUGCUAUUGUAAUCAUGGGCUUAAAAAGUUAAUUUAAAAUUGAUGUUGAGAAAGCCCA